CAUCAACAACAAUAAAUUACGUAGACAAACAAAACUCUGAACAAACACGUAACGAGGCAGUAGAGAGAGCUCGAACAUAAGAAAAAAACGUACAUUGAUUGACAUUUCAAUUAAAUUAUAGCAUUUGCUGUUGACGGCAUGUUUCGAGUGCAGAAAGUUUUGCUCAACGAGUACCAGGAGAUCUAUGAGCCCGUGCAGGUGGAAAGUCCCUUCACGCUCGUCGACACACAGGGCACGGGGGUGCGUCAAUACCAAAUCGCGCUAACCAGCAGCAAGUUGCUAUUUGGCUGCGAUAAUUUCUACAAGCAGGAUGAGCAUUGCAACUACUAUGGGCGUGGUCUGGAUCCGGAAAUCGAAUGCUUCGACUUAAUAAGCCUCGUGCCGUUGCAGUAUCUGCGCUUUCACUUCUAUCGCAAGCACGAUCGCUGCCUCAUGAUGCUGAGCGUGCUGCCGCCCACGCAGUGUGCACAGCUCAAAAGCGAACCGCCCAUGAUAUUCGAAUUCGGUGGCCACAUACACAAGCAAUAUUUCUGGUAUACCUGGCGCGAGCGUGUGGCCACUAUGCAUAUCUUUCAGCCGCAGUUUAGGCACAUUACAGCCGCCUCGCCCUUCUCCAGCAGCGAUGUGCAGUUGGAUGAGCAGCAGCAUCAGGCGCUGGUGCAUGCGUCGCCUCCAGCCGCACGUGCAAGCUCCAUCUACAGCGUUUGCCUUAGCUCAAGCUCUGUUGGCGGUGCCUAACACACACACACACACAGGCGCACAUUGUUUGAUAAGCCGUAGGCUAAGCUGCUUAGGCUACUUUGGCCGCAACGCAAUUUGUUUAAUGCAAACUUUGCAGCCGAAACUAUAGAACUUUAUUUAUUUAUUAAAAAGGCCACAAACUUAGGGCACCUUUUGUUUAUUUUGCUGUAAAUCAGCACGCGUGAAAUUAAAG